GUCCCUGAGCCGGAGGCAAAGCCAGAGCCAGAAUCAGAAACUGAGUAUGUUAAGCGUCUCUUGCACAAGGUGGUGCAAGCACCGAGGCUGCAUAUUCAGUUUGGAUCUAUUUCGCCUGACGAAAUUGUUACGACGAGGAGGUACGUUUUCUUCCUACGGAGCUGUCAGGAAGGCAUCCGUCCCAUGGGUUCCACGGAGGAAGCUACAGCUGAGAUGCCGCGCAACUUCCUCCUGGGUUCUUGCAGAGGUCGCUUCCUGCAUAGUGUUCAGCACAUCCUCAGACAGGUUUACGUUCCACUGAUUCAAUGCCAGUUUCGGGAGCCGAUGUUGAGCGACACAGAGCAGGAGACGUUGAACCGAGCAAAUGGAGACGAACUGUCUGGUUCUACCUUCUCAUUCACACGGCCUUCAGCUUUCCGACGCCUCUCACUGGCAAUCGAGAGAAACUUAAACAAGCAGUCUGGAACACAGAUAUUCAAAAAGCGCAAGCCACAGUUUGCGCCUGAUUCUCAACAUCCAACCAAGAAACUGCUAUUAGCCGGGACUAAUCGACUCAUCGGAGUCUUUGACUGGACUAUCCGCCACGUGGAGGGGGACAUCAUGCUGCCUCUUCCCCAUAUCGCGGCUCUGCAUCAAGAAGGGACCAACGCUCAGACCCUGGCCAAGGACUCGUGCCUCGUACAACAGCUGGAGGAGGUCGUGAUGUCCUGGGAGAGACACGUGACUAAAACUAUUGAGAGCUACCUAGCCCAGAGACCCGUAGAGCCUGGUCCACUGGCAGAGUACGAUUACUGGCAAGAAAGGGACACUGGUUUGGCCGUUCUAGUGGAACAGCUGAAAUCACCGAGCGUGAUGCAGAUUUUUAAAAUUCUGUAUGAAGCAAGAUCUCAGAUUGGCGAGAAAUUCUCAUCGCAUCAAGAAGAUCUACUGAAGUUACAAGUGCAAGCCCAUGAUAAUGUUAAAUUUUUGCUUAUCAUAUUAAAAUAUUUUAAGACCAUUACACACUCCGACAAAUUUCCCCCGAUCACUGGGACUUUGUAUCCUCUGAUGGAGGGGUUGCAUAUGCUGUGGGUGCUCUCAAGAUUCUACUGCAGCGAUGAACAAAUGAUGGCUUUGAUGGAAAGAAUCGCUUGGAUGUUGUGUUCUCAGGCAAAAACACGUCUUGCAGUAAGAGAUAUCUUUAGCAAGCCGAUGUCAGAAGUACUUCCAACAUGCACCGAAGCAAUAGAGAUGCUGCAUACAUGGAAAGAAGCAUACUAUUACAUCCGAUUGAAAAUAGAACAGUCUGGAAAAGAACAGCGAUGGGAAUUUGAUAAGAAGAAACUCUUCGGAGAAGCAGAUUAUAUUGCUUCAGUGGCUAAAGAUAUAUUCGACGUAGCAAAGGUUAUAUGUCGCAUCGAAAACAUUUUCGGUCCGGAUUUAAAAUCCGUUACCAGUGAUCCUUCGCACGUUGAUGCAGUAGUGAAAAAAGUUGAAAAAUUAGUUAUUUCAGUAUCGCAAGCUGAUUUUGAUAUCUUCCAUCAGAAAUUUCAACUCAACUGGCAAGAACUUUUAAGAACCUUUUAUCGUCAGGUUUCAGAACUUGAAAUUGAAGCCAAGUAUUUCAUUGACGAAUCCUUCAAGGUUUUAAGGUCGUCUGAAGAGGCUUUGGGACUCCUUCUCAAGUUCCAGCACAUUGAAACCACAGAAGCAAUUCACGAGCGACUGAUGUCAAAGUUCGGUCAUAUCAUGCAACAAUUUACGAAGGAGAUAUUGAGCGUCGAAACUGAAUUCAAUAAAAGAAAACGGUAUCCGCCUCUACUGAGAAAUCAUCCACCGAUAUCUGGGGCAAUUUUCUGGUCAAGACAUCUCUUCAACAGGCUGAAAAAAUCAGUACUAAUUUUCCAGAACGUGGAAGAACUGAAGAAUUCAAGCUUCAGGGAAGAGGCAUUUAGCGUCUACUUAAAAUUAGGAAAGCAAAUGAAAAUGUACGAAGAUACAAAAUUUUCGCAAUGGCAAAAGAAGUCAGUCUCUAUAAUAAAUUCAGCUCUAAAGAAGAAUGUUCUGAAGGUUGUGGAACGCAAAACAGUGACAGACAAAGGCUCGUCGGAACAACGGAAGUCGUCAAAAGUUGGCGUAAGAAUGCCACGGACAGGCCUUAGCAUUCUGAAGACCCGUCACGCAGCGGAAUCAGUACCGUCUGGUUCUUCAUCCCUCAGUUCUCUGUCUCAGCCCAUGCCUUCUGCCCGAAGAUAUAAACUGGGAAGCCUGAACAUUGGUGCUCUGGCUUUGACCAUGAAAUGGGUUGCGAAAGGCAGGGGAAAGACUCCGACGCAAAUCGCGCAAAUUUCUCCCACCUUUGGGCCCAAUCCUGGGGACUUAGGUGUAUCGGAAGGAGAAAACCUUACAUGGGGAGAAAUCAUGAAAGGCUCGGUCCUUAUAGAGAAAGAUCUGUGUUUUGAAACAAAUCUUUCGAAAGACAUCUUCGCUAUUAUUGCCGAAGCGGAGCUAAUGGAACAGCUGGGCUUCGCCUUGGAACCGACGAUUCGCAGUGUCGCUGUUCAGAAAGAUCGCCUACAUCGUGACCUGGAGGCCGUUCAGACUGUAAUCAAGGAGUACAACACAAUAGUAGAAAGUCUUACUGUUGCUGAGCUUCAGUUGCUGAGGGAUCACCUUCUUGAAGUGGAGAGGCAUGUCCAGCCAGGACUGACGCGCCUCAACUGGAACUCUUUGGGAAUAGAAGAGUAUUCCCGAGAAUGCCAUCAGAUCCUCAAGAACCUGGCGUCUUUAGUUGCGCAGAUGGGAAAGUUAGGUAAAGAAGUGCAGGACAUCAUUGACUGUCUGGAGAAAUUCGACUUCUUUUACUUCAAUAAACCUGAAGAAGAACCAGCGAGACUGAGCUGCACGAACUUUUUCAUCAAAGUGGAGAAGUUUCGCAUGGAGAACUUGACUGAAUUCCUGAAGCUCUACAAGGGGCUGGGUCCACUCCUUAUGAAGCUGGAAAGUUUGGUGUUGAGGACCAGAACGGGGCAGUCGCCUCUCAUGAUUUUUUAUUUUGAAUUCUGGGAGAAGAAUAUGUUCAAUACACUCAUUAGGAUGGUGGUGAACAACUUGAGGAAUUUCAACGAUUUACUUUUGGGCAAAGUCUCGCUGUUCCAAGUGGAAACUUCUCUUGCCGUCCCAGAAGUCGUCCUGCUCCCCGCGGCUAAUGACAUCUACAACAGCAUCUUGCGCAGCAUCCGUGGGUUUCUUGAAAAGCUGAAGCGUGUCCCUCGGUGGAUGAAUGGGAGCUGUCUCGAAUGCGAACCUGUGAAAGCAAGCGACACUAAUCAACUCUACACAUUUUCGUUCUUCGAAGAUGUUGUUAUCGUUCCGGUGGUGAGCGACAUGGUCCUCAGGGUCCAGGACACUGCACACAGAUUGGUUUCUGAAGUACAGAAAUAUCUGAAAAGAUGGAAGAAAUACAAGAAUCUUUGGUCGUUUGACAAGAACAUCACCUGUGACAGAUUCAGCGCAAAGAAUCCAACUUUGCUUCAAUAUGAUGAGAAGUUUGUAUUUUAUGAACGACUGAUAAAAGAUAUUGAUGAAGUGGAAACAUACCGCGAUAUCUACUGCACAAGAGUCAAUCUUGUUCCUAUAAUUGAGGCAGUGAAGUUCCAUGCGAAUGAAUGGAAAAGAGCCUUAGGUCAUCGGCUUGCGGACAACACAGAGAGACUGAUGCUGAAAUUCAAGGAUCUCUUGGUGAAACUGGAUUCUGAUAUCCAGAGAAAAUUUGACGAUUUGGAAGGAUUUAAGUUCGUACUAACAGUCAUCAGAACUAUCACCAGAAUGUCAGUGAAUGCAGAACUGACGUACCGAGAGCUGCAAGAACGGUACCAUACACUCAGCGAACAUAAAGUUCCAGCACCUGAAGAAGACGAGGAUAUGGCGCACGAAGUGCAGCGAAUGUGGGAAGCGCUCUACGUGAAGGCUCUCAGCAGAUCCUUGAUGCUGGAAUCCACGAAGGCUAGAUUUGCGAAGCUCACAGUCGAAGAAAUUGAAGAAUUUCUUAAGAUAAUUGCGGAUUUUGUCGUUCGCUUUGAGGAGGAAGGGCCGGGCUCUGUUGGCCAAGACCUAGACAGCGGUUUGUUGCGUAUGGACGAGUACAGGCCGCUGUUACUCAAAUUAGAAGAGAAACGCCUAGACCUAGUCAACGCUGAGAUGUUGUUUGACCUUCCAUUAACUGAUUACUCGAGCUUCAUAAAAUGUAAGACUGACAUGGAAGGCUUUGAAGAGAUCUACAAGCUUUAUAAAGAACAAAAGGCCGCUUGUGAGGUGUGGUCUAAGACUCUGUGGGUGAAUUUUAACCCCGAGGUCCUGUUCGAUGGAAUGGAGAAUUUUAUGCGUGAGUUCAGAUGUUUUAAUGAGGCUGUUAAGCAGCUGCCCGUGGGCCAUGUUCUGGGCACGCGUAUGGAAGAUACCAAGAACGCUGUUUCGCUCUUUGUUGAGCUGAAGAAUGAUGCUCUCAGAGGCAGACACUGGCAGGAGCUCAUGGAUAAGACAGGCCAUCACUUGGACAUGUCAGCCGACAGGUUUACACUUGAGAGUAUGUUCGCUAUGCAACUGCACAGAUAUCGAGAUAUCGCAGAAGAGAUCGUUGCUAAUGCUCUUAAAGAACUUGAAAUCGAAAAAGGUGUCAAAGAAAUAUCAGAGGUUUGGAGUGCAAUGAAGUUUACUGCAAUGAAACAUAUUAAAGAAAAUUAUGACCGGGGCUUUAUUCUGGGGCCUGUGGAUGAUAUUGUUCUGACCCUGGAUGACAAUUUCAUGAGCUUGCAGAGAAUGGCAGCCUCACAAUUUGUUGGCCCGUUCUUGACAGUAGUCCAGAAAUGGGAGAAAACACUGUCUCUCAUUAGUGAGGUUAUGGACGAGUGGCUGUCAGUACAACGCAAAUGGCUGUACAUGGAAGGAAUCUUUGUGGGAGAAGAUGUCAGACAGGAGCUUCCAGAAGAAGCCAGGAAAUUCGAUGGUAUCGACAUGGAAUUCCGCAAGAUGAUGUGUGAGACUGCUGAGGAACCGAAUGUGAAGGCCUGCUGUGAGAUUGAGGGACGUUUGAGUGAUCUACAGAGACUUAAUCAUGGUCUAGAACAAUGUCAGAAAUCGCUGACAGAUUAUUUAGAUGCUAAGAGAAAUGUUUUCCCAAGGUUUUUCUUUAUAGCCGAUGUCGAAUUGUUAUCAAUUUUGGGCAGCAGUGAUCCGUCCUCUGUUGAAGAAUAUACGGUGAAGAUGUUUGAUAAUAUGGGGUGUUUAAGGAUUGAUUCUGUCAGCCGACAUGGCCCUGUUGCCUCAGCAGUGAUUUCUUGCGAAGGAGAGGUGAUGGAACUUAGGGAAACCGUGCCUGUAGCUGGUCGAGUUGAAGAAUGGAUGAACGCUCUUCUUGAUGGAAUGCGAGCAACAAAUCGAUACAUUACAAAGAAAGCCAUAUUCGAUUAUGGAAAAGUACGAAAACCCAGAACUGAGUGGAUGUUAGACUACCAGGGGAUGGUGUGCCUGGCUGCAAACCGUGUAUGGUGGACAGCAGAAGUGGAAAAUGUCUUUGAAAAAGUGAUGCAGGGCGAAAAGAGAGCAAUGAAAGAAUACCUAGAAGUUGUGAAUGGACAGUUGGACGAGUUAGUGGCCAGGGUUCGGUCUCAUUUGACUAAGAUUCACCGCAGGAAGUUCAAUACUGUUCUUAUUAUCGAUAUCCAUGCUAGAGACACGAUCGAGGCCUUCGUCAGAGACAGCAUUUUGAAUGCUCAAGAAUUCGAAUGGGAAACUCAGCUCAAGUUUUACUGGUGGAAACCAUUUGACAACUUGGUGGUGAGGCAGUGCACAGGAAGUUUCGACUACGGCUAUGAGUACAUGGGGCUGAGUGGAAGACUGGUUGUCACUCCACUGACAGACCGAAUCUACCUCACAAUGACGCAUGCGCUCUCCAUGCAACUGGGAUGUGCCAUUGGAGGUUCGGCUGGUACAGGAAAGACUGAAACAGUGAAGGACUUAGCCAAAGCGCUCGGGCUGCUGUGUGUGGUCACGAACUGCAGUGAGGUUAUGGACUGCAAGACAAUCGGCAAAACACUCUGCGGGCUUUGUCAGUGCGGUGCCUGGGGAUGCUUUGACGAAUUCAACCGUAUUGACUUCUCAGUGCUGUCUGUCAUCUCAACGCAGCUGCAGACAAUUCGCAGCGCUCUUUUUCUCAAGUUGACACAAUUUUAUUUUCAAGGUCAGGAGACAGCCCUUGAUCGAAAAGUGGGUAUAUUUGUAACGAUGAACCCAGGAAACGCCGGUCGGACAGAGCUGCCCGAGUCGGUAAAAUCUUUGUUCCGACCUGCGGUCUGCACUGCCCCUGAUCUGGAAGUUAUCUGUCUCACAAUACUCUUCUCUGAAGGCUUCUCUCAGGCCAAGGUUUUAGCCAAGAAAAUCACUGUUUUGUAUAAGCUGACGCAGGAGCAGCUGUCCAAACAGAACCAUUACGAUUUUGGUCUUCGAACAUUGAAGGCUGUGUUGGUUAUGGCUGGAGAACUGAAGAGGGACUCACCAGAUCUCCCAGAGAACGUCGUGCUGAUGAGGGCUCUCCGGGACAUGACCCUGCCGAAGUUCGUGCCUGAAGACGUUCCACUGUUCCUUGGACUCAUCAGGGAUCUGUUUCCUGGUCUGGAGUGUCCUCGUGCUAGUUAUCCUGACUUCAAUGCGGCUGUCGAGGCAGCGCUUGCAGAAGAAGGCUAUGUUGUGUUACCUGCACAGGUGGGCAGAGUGAUGCAGCUGUACGAGACAAUGAUGACGAGACAUUCUGCAGUGAUUGUUGGGCCAACUGGUGGAGGCAAAACUGUUGUCAUCGAAACCCUCGUCAAGGCACAAACAUCCCUCGGACUUGCUACUAAGCUGUUUGUUCUGAAUCCUAAGGCGUGUUCUGUGACCGAGUUAUACGGCGCCUUGCACCCGAUCACUCGAGACUGGACAGAUGGUCUCUUGUCCUGCAUAUUCAGAGAUAUCAACAGGCCCACUGAUAAGAUGGAGAGACGUUACGUUCUUUUUGACGGCGAUGUGGACCCUCUCUGGACCGAGAACAUGAAUUCUGUGAUGGAUGAUAAUAAGAUUCUCACAUUGGCGAAUGGUGAAAGAAUUAGGCUGCUAGACCACUGUGCACUUUUAUUCGAGGCAGGAAGCCUGCAGUAUGCUUCACCAGCCACUGUGUCACGUGCUGGUGUGGUGUACGUAGAACCCAGGAAUUUAGGCUACAAGCCGUACUGGGACCGGUGGCUAAGGUCACGACCCGGCGAUGAAGAGAAAGCGCAACUUGAGGACCUGUUCGUCCAGUAUGUAGAUCCUCAAAUUAAGCACAUUAUUGAGGGGCAGAUGGGCCUUAUGCAGGCUACUCCACUGAAGACCGUUAUACCACAGAGAGGGCUUAAUAUGAUAAUGCAGCUGUGCUUCAUGAUCGAUGUUCUGAUUCCGGCCCGAGAGGACCCAAGCAAGCAGGUGACCGGAGAACUGCUGGAAUGCCUCUUUUUGCAGGCCUUGUACUGCUCACUAGGGGCGUCGCUAGAGACAGAAGGGCGCUCUCAGUUCGAUAUAUACACAAAGAAACUUUGCGGCAUGCCCAAAUUUGAAGAUACCUUGGACAAUAAGGCAACAGUAGGUAAUUUGCCUUCCUCGCAGCCGACUUUGUAUGAUUAUUAUUUUGACCACAAAAAUCGGUGCUGGAUGGCAUGGAAGUGGACGGUGCCUGAAUAUGUCCAUGAUCGUGAGAAGCAAUUCAGUGAAAUUCUCGUACCUACAGUGGAUACAGUGAGGACGACUUGGCUGCUGAAACUGUUGAAUGAGGUAAGGAGGCCAGUAAUUCUGGUUGGAGAAUCUGGAACUUCAAAAACUGCGAUUAUGCAAGACUUUCUGAGACAGCUGCACUCAGACCCCUAUAUGAUAUUGAACAUCAAUUUUUCCUCCAGAAGCACUUCGUUGGAUGUACAGCGCAAUUUAGAGUCUGUUUUAGAAAAACGAACAAAAUAUACUUAUGGUCCUCCAAUUGGAAAGAAACUAAUUUGCUUUAUUGACGAUCUAAACAUGCCUCAGGUUGAUGAAUAUGGAACUCAGCAACCGAUAGCUUUGCUAAAACUUCUUUUUGAAAGAGGGGGAUUCUAUAACCGUGGGAAACAUCUGAGCUGGAAGAACGUCAAGGAUUUGGGUUUCUUUGCGGCGAUGGGGAAAGCUGGAGGAGGGAGGAAUGAAUUGGACCCGCGUUUUGUUUCCACGUUCUGCAGCUUUAAUCUAACCUCCUCAUCUGACGACGCUGUCAAGCACAUCUACAGGUCCAUCCUGAUUGGUCACACUGAAGGCUUCAUAGAAGAUAUACGUGCAGUCGUGCCCAUUGUUGUUGAAAUUACACUCGGCUUAUACAAGGCUGUGAUGACCCAACUCCCUCCGACGCCGUCAAGGUUUCAUUACAUCUUUAGUCUCCGAGAUUUAUCCCGGAUAUGCGCAGGCAUGCUUCUUACAACCUCGGAGUACAUGAAGUCCAUGGGCCUUUUCGUCAGAGCGUGGAGAAAUGAAUUCACCAGGGUAAUCUGCGACCGACUUAUCAGCGUGGAGGACCAAAUGCUAGUGCACGGACUUAUAAAGAAGAGAGUGGAGGAGAAUUUCCCUGGUGACCUGGAAUAUAUCAUGAGGGACCCCCUACUCUUUGGAGACUACAGGAACGCUAUGAACGGAGGCGAACCACGAAUCUACGAAGACCUUCUGGAUUAUGAUGCAAUUUACUACCUUUUCCAAGAGAUUCUGGAGGAGUACAACGAGAAGCACAACAGGCUUCAUCUGGUGCUCUUUGAUGAUGCUCUUGAGCACCUCACCAGAGUACACCGAGUGCUGCGUAUGCAUAAGGGUCACGUGAUGGUCGUGGGUGUCGGGGGUAGCGGGAAGCAGAGCCUGUUGCGCCUGGCCGCAUUCGCUGCAGGCUGUGAAGUGUUCCAGAUAACUAUGAACAGGGGAUAUACUGAGGCGAACUUCAAGGAAGACUUAAAGAAGUUAUAUAACUUGAUUGGAGUUGCCAACAAGCCGACAGUAUUCCUCUUCACAACUUCCCAGGUCGCGGAUGAAGGAUUUCUGGAUCCAAUCAACAACAUGCUCCUGAAUGGAAUGGUUCCUGCGUUGUUCACUGAUGACGAAAAGGAAGAAAUCUGUGCAUCUAUUCGAAAUACUUCAAAGGACGCGGGUUUUGGAGUUACAAGGGAGGCAGUGUGGCGGUUCUUCACAACAGUCUGCAACAACAACCUGCAUGUAGGACUGUGCACAGCGCCUUCUGCAGACAUUCUCCGCAACCGCUGCCGCGAGUUCCCGGCUCUCUUCAACAACACGAGUAUUGACUGGUUCUUUCCCUGGCCUCAGCAGGCGCUUUUGGCCGUUGCUAGCGUCUUCUUGGCCGAGAAUCCAAGAAUCCCGGAACCUUUCCGGAAGACGAUUGUGGAGCAUGUCGCCCAUGUUCACAGCAGUGCUGAUGCAUACACACGGGGGUUUCUUGUGAAGCUGCGGAGAAGGAAUUAUGUGACGCCCAAACACUACCUGGACUUCAUCAACACGUACUUGAAACUUCUGGACGAGAAGAACAUUUUCAUAAAAGCCCAGUGUGAGCGGCUGAGAGGCGGGAUGAAUACAAUCUUGGAAGCUUCCGAAAAGUUGAAAGAGCUUAACGCCAAACUGGAAAUAAAGAAAAUAUCAGUGGCUGAGAAAACUGCUGCAUGCGAACAAUUGUUUGCGGAAAUCGAAGAAGCAACUGCGAAGGCCAAUAAGAAGAAAGAAGCCGCUACUGUGAAAUGUAUGGAACUCGAGGAGCAGGGUAAGACACUAGCAGCGGAGAAGUCGGAAGUCGAGGAGGCAUUGGCUGAAGCAUUGCCUGCAUUGGAAGCGGCUCGUUUCGCCCUGAGCCAGCUGGACAAGAGCGACAUCACUGAAAUCAGAUCAUUUGCCACACCUCCUGAGCCAGUAAUGGUGGUGUGUGAAUGUGUGGCGAUCAUUGGGGGAUGUAAAGACGUCAGCUGGGAAGUAGCAAAAGGAAUGAUGACAGAUCCAAACUUUCUACAGACGCUCCAAGAAACUAACUGUGAUUCAAUCACUGGAGCACAAUUCCGGGCAAUCAGGGCCCACAUGAAGAAAUUGUCGAAAAUUGAUCACAUGGCUGAAAUCGGUAAAGCUGGACAGGGACUCCUGAGAUUCAUAGAAGCUUUGCUGAUGUACUGCGCCGUCUACAGGGAAGUGAAACCCCAAAAGGAUCGUGUCUCCCAACUUCAGGGAGAUUAUGAACAGGCUAAAGGAGACUUAGACAAACUGAACAGCGAGAUUAAUACUUUGGAAGAGGAUUUAAAGGCGCUUGAACUGAAAUACGGCGGUGCGAUGGGGGAGAGGCACAGAGUGGGAGAAGAAGCAGACAUCAUGCAGAGGCGCAUUGUUGCCGCUGAUAAGCUUAUCUCUGGUCUGAGCACCAAGGAGGCUCGGUGGUCUGAAGAGCUGGCGAACCUACGCGAAGAGAGGGAAAUGCUCCUUGGAGACUGUCUCAUCUCAGCUUCAUUCCUGAGCUACACUGGGGUCUUCAGCUGGGAGUUCCGGCGUCAGAUGCUGUACGAGGACUGGGAAGUAGAUCUCCGAGGUCGAGGCCUGCCUCUAUCCAAACACAUUAGGCCGGAGAAGGUCCUCAGCAACGAUGUCGAGAUAAGCAGAUGGAUAUCGGAAGGUUUGUCUCCAGAUGAGCUGUCAGUACAGAACGGGAUUUUGACGACACGGGCGAGUCAUUUUCCGCUCUGCAUUGAUCCCCAACAACAGGCUCUGCACUGGAUCAGGAAAAAAGAAGAAAAACAAAAUCUCAAGAUUCUUAGUUUCACCGAUCCCGGUUUCCUCAGACAUCUUGAGGUGGCCAUGAAAUGCGGAUUCCCUGUCCUCUUUCAAGACAUUGAUGAUUAUAUAGAUCCUGUUAUAGAUGAUGUCUUGGAGAAGAAUAUUAAAGUUCUGAACGGCAGAUCAUUCGUUGUGCUGGGAGACAAGGAAGCAGAUUACGACUCCAAUUUCCGGAUGUACUUUACUACGAAGCUGGCCAACCCAGUUUUCAGUCCAGCUGUGUACGCAAAGACCACCGUCAUAAAUUACACAGUCACUGACUCGAAUUUAGAAGAUCAGCUACUGAGCGUGGUGGUGCGCAAUGAACGAUGUGAACUUGAAGAACAAAGGGAGAAAUUGAUUGAAGAGAUGUUUCGAGACAGGAAUCAUCUGAAGGAUUUAGAAGAUUGCUUAUUGCAAGAAUUAUCCGUAUCCACAGGGAAUAUUUUGAACAACACUGAAUUGGUUGCAACUCUGGAAGAGACCAAGGAGAUGGCUGAGGAGGUGACCAGGAGGCUGGAGUUAGCGUCUGAGACUGCAAAGGACAUUGAAAGAUUACGAGAAGGAUACAGGCCCGUAGCUGAACGUGGAGCCAUUUUGUUUUUCGUCCUUUUGGAUAUGGCCAGAGUGAAUCCCAUGUAUCAGUAUUCCCUUUCUGCCUACAUGCAAGUGUUUGCAACCUGCGCGCGCAGAGCCCUGCCGGACACAAUUCUCAGCAAACGGCUCACGAAUAUCAUCAUUGCUCUAACAAAAGCCGUCUACGACUUUGGAUGUACGGGUAUGUUAGAGGAACACAAACUCUUGUUCUCGUUACAUAUGGCAAUGGAAUUUGAGCAGAGCCACGGAAACUUGACGCAAGAGGAAGUCGACUUUUUUAUCAAGGGAAGUGCGAGUCUCACCAAAUCUGAAAGGGCAUCUCCAGCCAAGUGGAUACCUGCACAAGGUUGGGAGGACAUUAUGAAGCUGUCAACUGAUUUUGCUCAAACCUUCGAGAAUCUUCCAAAUGACAUAGAUUUUCACGCUGAUAAAUGGAAAGAGUGGUACGAACUGGGCACACCUGAGACCGUGGAGUUCCCCGAUGGGUACACGCAGAAGACGAAUACCUUCCAGAAACUGAUGUUACUGCGGUGUUUUCGUGCGGAUAGAGUUUACCGAGCCGUAACAAACUAUAUUACAGAAGUAAUGGGCGUAGAGUAUAUAACCCCCCCAAUCAUCAGUUUGGGUGGCGUUUUCGAACUGAGUGCGCCUACAACGCCGGUUGUGUUCAUUCUUACUCCAGGAUUCGAUCCAACCUCUGACCUAAGGAAACUGGCGGACGGUUCUGCUUCUGGGGGUAGCAAAUUUCGUCAUCUAGCUCUCGGACACGGCCAAGAACUGACUGCUCUGAAGAUGUUAGAGACUGCUGUUGUCCAGGGCCAAUGGCUGCUGCUUCAAAACUGUCACCUACUGCCGGCUCUCAUGAAAAUCCUGCAGAAGGAAGUGGAGCAGGAAACCAAACCUCAUCCAGAUUUUCGGCUGUGGAUCACAACAGCACCGACGCCUGCGUUUCCCGUCGGUGUCUUGCAAAGUUCGUUGAAAGUGGUCAUAGAGCCUCCAGACGGUCUGAAGCUCAACCUGAGAAGCACCUACUUGAAGCUGAGAAGCCAGACAGUGGAAAGCUGCGGCCAUCCAGCUUUCCGGACACUGGUUUAUGUCCUGGCGUUCUUCCAUGCCGUGGUCCAGGAACGCCGAAAGUACGACAAGAUUGGCUGGAACCUUUGUUAUGAUUUCAACGAUUCAGAUUUCAAUGCCUGUGUGCAGAUACUGCAGAUAUACUUAUCAAAAUCGCCUAACGCAAAAGGUUCAAGGAUACCUUGGGGGAGUUUGAAGUAUCUUUUUGGUGAGGUUAUGUACGGUGGACGAGUCAUAGACGAAUUCGACCGAAGAAUUAUCAGGACCUACAUGGAUGAGUACGUGGGAGAGUUCCUUUUCGAUAAGUUUCAGCCGUAUCACUUCUACUGUGACACGUCUGUGGAUUAUCUGAUUCCAGACGAAGGUGAUAGGGACAGCUACCUCAACGCUAUCGAAGAACUGCCCUUGGUUAACGGCCCAGAAGUCUGCGGACUCCAUCCCAACGCUGAGAUCGGCUACUAUACACAAGCUGCUAAGGAGCUUUGGGAUCGCCUGCUGGAACUUCAGCCUCAGAGAGGCGGACCUGGUGGUGGUGUAAGUAGAGAUAAUUUUGUCGACAAUGUUGCCAAAGAUAUCCUAGUGAGAAUUCCACCGCCUUACGAUGUUGCUCGAACACGCAAGACUUACGAGAUGAACAUUACCCCAACUAUAAUUGUACUUCUUCAAGAGCUGGAACGCUUCAACCUGCUCCUAGAACAGAUGCGUCAAACACUGAAUCUGCUGCGGAAGGCUCUGGCUGGUGAAAUCGGUUCCGAUACGCUUCUAGACAACAUGGCUGAUUCCUUGUUCAAUAGCCAACUACCCCAUGCGUGGAAAAAGUUAGCUCCAGUUACUUGCAAGAGCUUAGGGCCUUGGAUGGACCAUUUUGAGAGAAGAAUCCAGCAGUAUACAUUAUGGGCUGCGAGUGGUGACCCAAUGGUCAUGUGGCUGUCAGGGCUUCAUGUCCCCGAGUCAUUCCUGACGGCCUUGGUACAGAGUGUGUGUCGCAAAAACGGCUGGCCCCUCGACAAAACCACUUUGUGUACGACAGUGACAACGUACAUGGACGUCGACGACGUUGAAGAGCGCCCAGAUCAGGGUUGUCUUGUGCACGGUUUAUACUUGGAAGGUGCUCACUGGGAUAAGCAGAGACAAUGUUUAGUGAGAUCCCACCCAAGAGUGCUUAUUGAAGAACUGCCUAUGCUGCUGAUUAUUCCAAUAGAGGUCCACAGACGCAAGCUGCAAAAUACCUUUCGGACCCCUGUGUAUAUAACUUCUCGACGCAGAGACGCAAGGGGGGCUGGUCUCGUGUUCCAGGUGGACCUUGCAACCAAAGAGCAUGAAAGUCACUGGAUUCUUCAAGGAGUCUGCCUUGUACUCAACACAGACUGAGAUACAAGACCCGGAGUCUAGUGCAUCUUUCAUAAUGUUGCAAUGCUGGCAAUUAUAAAUUAUUUUGCUUUUGCAAAUUUUCU